AUGGCCUUCAGCAAGUGGAGAGGCAAGGUGUCGGAGCGGCCCAUCGUGGUCGACGCCGUCGCGACCGGCACCGACGCCCAGGGCAGCACCGAGUCCGUCAACCCCGAGGCUGAGCUCAAGAAGUUCAAGAAGCUCCACAAGUGGGAUCCUUUCUUGGACAUCGAUACGCUCGACACCGCAGACAGUGCCCUCGCCUCUGGCGACUACGAGAAGGAGGCUGCCGUCGAGGCCGCUCUCCACGAGGACUCCCCCUACCCUGAGGUCAGGGCUUCGGUGCAACCGUUUGAUGACGAAGAUAUGCCCGUCAACACUAUCCGUGCCUGGACACUCGGUGCCCUCAUGUGCACAAUCGUCGCCGCCUGCAACAUCCUCCUCGGUCUUCGCCGCUCGCCCAUCAUGAUUACUUCCACCGUCGUCCAAUUGAUCUCCUACCCUGUGGGUUGCGCCUGGGCCAAGUCCAUCCCCGAUAUCAAGUUCAACUUGUUCGGACAUGAGAUGAGCACCAACCCUGGGCCUUUCAACGUCAAGGAGCACACCCUCAUCACCAUGAUGACCGCUGCCGGUUCCGCCGCCAGUUACGCCAUCGACAUCCUCCUCGCCCAGGAGCUCUUCUACAACCAGUACUUCGGCUGGGGUUUCCAGAUCCUGCUCAUCGUUUCGACCCAGGCCAUGGGUCUCGGCAUGGCGGGUAUGCUCCGCCGUUACCUCGUCUGGCCCGCCGCCAUGGUCUGGCCUGCGACCCUGAUCACCACCACUGUCAUGCACUCACUUCACGACCACUCGUCUUCGGACCCAGCCCUUACCAACGGCUGGAGGAUCGGCCGCUACAAGUUUUUCCUCAUUGUGGCUGGCGCUACCUUCGUCUACGAGUGGAUCCCCGAGGUUUUUGCCCAGUUCCUCCAGAUCUUCACCUUUGUCUGCUGGAUCGCCCCCAACAACGUCGUCGUCAACCAGGUCUUUGGUGGCCAAACUGGACUCGGUCUCCUUCCUAUCUCCUUUGACUGGAGCACCAUUUCCGGUUACCUGCUUUCCCCCCUUCAGACUCCUGCGUUCGCCAUCGCCAAUGUCGGUGCCGGAAUCCUCAUCAUGUUGAUCGGCUGUGUUGGUCUUAGCUGGGGCGGACCCGAGUUCUACCGUUACCUGCCCAUCAGUGCGAACCAGAACUUUGACCACUUCGCUCAAAAGUACAACGUCAGCCGUAUCCUGACUCCCGAAUUCACCUUCAAUGAGACUGCCUACCAGGAGUACUCCCCUCUCAUCCUGGGCCCCGCCUUCUCGUUGAGCUACGGUAUGGGCUUUGCUGGUCUGAUCAGCACACUGGUCCAUGUUGGUCUCUUUUACGGACGGGAUAUCAUUGACCGCACUCGCUCGGCUACCGCCGAGGAAGCCGACAUCCACCUGAAGCUUAUGCGCAAGUACAAGGAGGCCCCUGAGUGGUGGUUCUCGAUCAUGUUUGUCAUCAGCUUCGCCUUCGGCAUGAUUGCUUGCCAAGUCUGGGAAACCCAUCUGACCUGGUGGGCGUUCAUCAUCUGCAUCUUCAUCGGCGCCUUCUUCGUCCUGCCUGUUGGUAUCAUCCAGGCCGUCACCAACCAGCAAACUGGUCUGAACGUUGUCACCGAGAUGAUUGUUGGUUACAUGACCCCUGGCCGCCCCGUCGCCAUGAUGCUGUUCAAGUCUUGGGGCUACAUGCUCUGCUACAACGGCCUGCAGUACGUGUCUGACAUGAAGGUUGGCCACUACAUGAAGAUUCCUCCCCGCACCAUGUACGCCGCCCAGACCUUUGCUGUCAUCUGGCUGUCCUUGGUACAAAUCGCCACCUACAACUUCCUCCGUGGCAACAUUGAGGGCGUUUGCACUCCCACCCAGGCCCAGGGUCUUACUUGCCCCAAUGCCCGUACUUUCUACAACGCCAGUGUCAUCUGGGGUGUCAUUGGCCCCCGCAGGAUGUUCGGCGCCGGCGCAAUCUACUCUUGGGUCAACUACUUCUGGCUCAUUGGUGCUGCCUUGCCCGUCAUUCAGUUCUUCCUCGCCCGCCGCUACCCUCGCAGCAUGCUCCGUUACGUCUUCUUCCCUGCCAUCUUUGGUGCUGCCGGUAUGAUCCCUCCUGCGACCAUCUGGUGGUUGGGACAGUGGGUUAUUGUCGGUCUCAUCUUCAACUGGUGGAUCCGUGGCCGCUUCUUGGGCUGGUGGACUCGCUACAACUACGUCCUUUCCGGUGCUCUCGACAUUGGUACUGCCCUCUGCGUUGUCGUCUCAGGCCUCGCGUUGGGUCUGUCCAACACCGACUUCCCCGACUGGUGGGGUAACAGUGUGCCCUUCAACAACUUGGAUGCUAACGGCGCUGCCGUCUCCAAGGUCCUUCCCGACGAUGGAUCUUUCCUCGGACCUACCAGCUGGUAG